AUGAAAGGUAAAAUUAUUUUAACUUUAUUAGUUUUGUUUGUGGUCGGACUCUAUGCCCAAGGAUGCAAUAGAAUGGCUUGUCCACAAGUUUCAAAAUCACAUUGCAACGCCAACAAUGGUCAAUUCAUAGAGAGAAACCUCGAUGCCAGACCUGUUCACCAUUGCUGUUCCUUCUGCUUGUAUCGUGGUGAAAUUGGUGAGCGUUGCAAUAGUACCUCUGAAAUUACUCCCGAAUCUCGUGGAUAUCGUGCAUCAUGUCAAGAUCAAUAUGCUGUUUGUCAUAAGAAUACUGGAAAAUGUGGACCUUAUGUUACAUAA